AGAGCUGAAAAAGAGAAGAGCAAAUUCCAGAGCGAAGUGUACGAGCUUCUCGCUCAAGUAGAGAGCGUAACAAAGGAACGCUUAAUCUCCGUCAAACACGCCGAAAAAUUGGAGAUCACCAUCAGCGAACUCAGCGUCAGAAUCGAGGAGUUGAACCGCACCAUCGUAGACAUCACCUCACACAAAACUCGCCUCUCUCAGGAAAACAUCGAACUCACCAAGGAAGUACAAGACAUCAAGGUCAACCUCGAGAACGCCAUCUACCUCAAGUCCCAACUCGCUGGCCAAUUGGAAGAUGCCAGACGUCGCGCUGAAGACGACGAGAGAAGGCGCUCCCUCCUGGAAGCCAACCUCCACCAGGUCGAAAUAGAGCUCGAAUCUGUACGUGUCCAACUUGAGGAGGAAAGCGAAGCCCGUCUCGACCUUGAACGCCAACUCGUCAAAUCCCAAGGUGAAGUUCAAGUAUGGAAGUCCAAGUAUGAAACCGAAGCUGCCGCCCGCGCCGAAGAAGUUGAGGAACUCCGUCGUAAAUUCAAUGCCAGGAUCCAAGAACAGGAAGAACACAUCGAAGCUCUCUUGGUUAAGGUCAAUAACCUCGAGAAGCAAAAGUCUCGCCUCCAAUCUGAGGUCGAGGUUCUCAUCAUCGACUUGGAGAAAGCCAACAACACAGCCAGGGAAUUGCAGAAGCGCGUCGAACAACUCGAAAGGAUCAACAUCGACCUCAAGACUCGUCUUGAUGAGACCGUUCAGCUGUACGAGCAAAGUCAACGCGAUCUCCGCAACAAAGUCUCUGAACUACAACGCACUGUCCACGAAUUGGACAAAACUCGCGAACUUAAGGACCAACUUGCUCGCGAAAAUAAGAAAUUGGCCGAUGACCUUUCUGAUGCCAGAAUUACCAUCACCGAACUCACCAGACGUCUGCAUGAGGCUGAAUUGGAAAUUCGUCGUCUUGAAAAUGAACGCGAAGAACUUACCGCUGCUUACAAAGAAGCUGAAGCUGGACGCAAAGCUGAAGAACAACGUGCUCAACGUCUGUCUGCGGAACUCGCCCAGUUCCGUCAUGAGGCUGAGAAACGUCUUCAUGAGAAAGAUGAGGAAAUUGAAGCCAUCCGGUGA